UUUUAAUUGACAUAAAACCCGACAUUUGUAAAGGAAUUAUCAAUACAAUUUAUAACGUCUAUUUUUUAAAUUUUUAUUCGAAUUUGCAUAAAUAUAUUUCGAAUCAACCUAUAUAAAAUUAACAAUGCGUGAAUGUGUCUCUAUACAUAUCGGCCAAGCUGGAGUGCAAAUGGGAAAUGCCUGUUGGGAAUUAUAUUGUUUGGAACACAAUCUCAAUCCGGAUGGAACUCUUAAUUGCGAAAAUACAAAUUCUCCUUCAAUCAAUACAUUUUUUAGAGAAACUGAUGCACAUCAUUUUGUGCCAAGAGCAGUAAUGGUUGAUUUGGAGCCCACUGUUGUUGAUGAAAUCAAGUCAGGGCCUUAUAAAAAUUUGUUUCACCCAGAAGAUAUGAUAACGGGAAAAGAAGAUGCAGCAAAUAAUUAUGCAAGAGGCCAUUACACAAUUGGUAAAGAAAUUAUUGAAGAUGUUUUGAAUAGAAUCAGGAAACUAACUGAAGCCUGUCAAGGUUUGCAAGGCUUCUUAAUAUUUCAUAGUUUUGGUGGUGGCACUGGAUCAGGUUUUACGUCCUUAUUAAUGGAGAGAUUAUCUGUAGACUAUGGCAAAAAAUCAAAAUUGGAAUUUUCUGUCUACCCUGCACCUCAGAUAUCAACUGCUGUUGUAGAACCAUAUAAUUCCAUUCUCACAACACAUACCACCUUAGAGCAUAGUGAUUGUUCUUUUAUGGUGGAUAAUGAAGCUAUAUAUGAUAUAUGUACAAAAAAAUUAGGAGUAGCCCGACCUUCAUAUACCAACCUGAAUAGAAUGGUCAGUCAAAUUGUAUCAUCAAUCACAGCUUCAUUGAGAUUUGAAGGUGCUUUGAAUGUUGAUUUGACUGAAUUUCAAACCAAUUUGGUCCCUUAUCCAAGAAUACAUUUUCCAUUAGUUACUUAUGCACCUAUAGUGUCUGUUGAUAGAGCCUAUCAUGAGAAAUUUACUGUAAAUGAGAUAACUGCUGCCUGCUUUGACCCAGAGAAUCAAAUGGUCAAAUGUGAUCCUAGGCAUGGUAAAUACAUGGCCUGUUGUAUGUUGUAUAGGGGUGAUGUGGUCCCUAAGGAUGUUAAUGCAGCUAUAGCUGCAAUUAAAACUAAACGUUCCAUACAAUUUGUUGAUUGGUGUCCCACAGGGUUCAAAGUUGGUAUAAAUUAUCAAACUCCUACAGCUGUGCCAGGUUCAGAAUUGGCACCUGUUCCGAGAGCUGUGUGCAUGUUAAGUAACACUACUGCUAUUGGAGAAGCUUGGUCCCGACUUUGUCAUAAAUUUGACCUGAUGUAUGCCAAACGUGCCUUUGUACACUGGUAUGUGGGUGAAGGAAUGGAAGAAGGAGAAUUUUCAGAAGCAAGAGAGGACCUGGCAGCUCUUGAAAAAGAUUAUGAGGAAGUUGGUUUAGAUUCUAAAGAUAUUGAUGCAGGGGCUAAUGGCCAUGAUGGAGAAUAUUAUUAGGAUUGUUAGAAUAAAAGGUUAUUUUAAGAAAACCUUUCAUUGUUAAAUACUUUUAUAAAUUACAUUUUUAUUACAUGUAUUCAAGCAUAAUUACAAUAUAUUGCCACAAACAUAUCUCUAUAAUGUAGUAUAAUUAUUAUUGAGUCAAUUAUGCAUAUGCUUGUUUUCUUUAUUUUAUUGUUAAAUUUUUUAUAGUUAUUGAUUAAUAUACAUAUUUUUAAACAUUAAAAUAUAAUUAUUUGCAUACUUGUAGAAUGCAAUAAAUUUUUAUAUGUAGAUUUUGAUGCUUGUAUCAUAGUUUGGUGUGCAGAUGUUUGCAACCUUUAAAAA